AUGCGGUCCCUACAGGUCCUCGCCCUGGCAGGCGUCCUCGGCGCGUCUGCCCUUGAUGCCGACUCCAUCUUGAGUAAUUAUUUUGGGAACGAUGCGCCUUGGUAUAGCGAUCGGAUUCCUCUCUUCGAGACUGAUCUCUCCGACAUUCAAGAUGUCUACUACUAUCGUUGGAGCAUAUUCCGGGCCCAUCAGCGCGACCUUGGUUCCUACGGCUACAUCACGACAGAGUUCCUCAACGACGUCAGCUGGCAGGAAGAACCUUAUGCUCUGCUGAUCGAUGCCUCCAAUUUCCAUCUGCGCGAAGGCCGCUGGUGUCGCGACCGCCGCUUCACCAGCGACUACUCGUCCUUCCUCUUCAGCUCCAAUGGCGACCCCUACCAAUUCUCCGAAUGCAUGGCCGACGGCGUCUGGCAGGCCUACCUAGUCAACGGUGUCGCCGAUGAUGCCAUUCCCCUGCUCUCCUCCAUGCAGACUGUCUACGCCGGCUGGAACUCCACCACUCUGGGCGUCGGCGGCUACGACACCUCCAAGGACCUUUACUGGAUCCAGCCCCUGACCGACGCGACCGAAUACACCAUCUCCAGCAUCGAUGCCUCUGGCGGUGAAGACGGCUUCACAGGCGGAUAUGCCUUCCGACCCAGCAUCAACAGCUACCAAUACGCCAACGCCCUGGCUAUCGCCCACAUCGCCAAUCUCACCGGCGACACUGCCGUUCGCGAGCAGUAUACCCAACUGGCGAGCGCCCUCAAGACCCGCCUCCAGGACGACCUCUGGAACAGCACCUUCGAGCACUUCAUCGACCGCUACGAGGAAGACAAUGAAUACGUUACCUAUUGGGACUUCAUCCGUGGCCGCGAACUCGUCGGCUACGUUCCUUGGACGCACGACCUUCCAGACGAUAACACCACCUACGCCAACGCAUGGACUCAUAUUCUCAAUUCCUCACAGCUGGCGGGCGAGCAUGGCCUCCGCACCAACGAGCCUAGCUACCAAUACUACAUGGUCCAGUACCGCUACGAUGGCUCCAACCCGGAAUGCCAAUGGAACGGCCCCGCCUGGCCCUAUCAAACCACGCAAGUCCUGACGGGCCUCGCCAACCUCCUCGACCACUACCCCAAAACCGCCGCAACAGGCGUCAUUACCACCGCAGACUACACCAGCAUCCUCCGCCAGUACGCUCAACUGCACUACAACCCCGCCCGCGGCGGAGUCCUUGACAUUGAAGAAGACUACUACUCCGACACGGGUAGCCCUAUCGUCGGCUUGCCCCGCUCCCCGCACUACUUCCACUCGGGCUUUGUCGACCUCAUUCUCUCGGGCUACGUGGGCAUCCGACCUCGCGCGGACAACGUCCUGGAAGUGAACCCCCAGGCGGACGCCUCGGCAGUGAGCUACUUCCGCGCCGAGCGCAUCCUCUACCACGGUCACGAUGUUGCCGUGCAAUGGGACGCCACGGGCAGUCAGUACGGCACAGUAGGUCUCGUCGUCGAAGUCGACGGCGAAACAGUGGCCACUAGCAAGACCCUUACCCGUCUCACGGUUGAAUUGAGCUCUGCUUCUGCACCGGAAGUCUCCCGCCCUAUCGCCGUCUCGGUGCAACUCGCCGCUGAUAGCGAGUAUCCUCGGGGUAGUGUAUCUGUGGCAGACGCCGACACAGACGACGUGCAUGCGGCUAUUGACGGACGAGUUUGGUUCUAUUGGAUCGAGGACGUAGCGAACGGAUGGGAUAGUCCCGUCGGCAAUGGGACAGAAGUGUGGUACCAGGUGGAAUUUGAGAAUGCGACAAGCACAGCAAGUGCCGAGAUCGCGUUCUUUGCGAAUAGUACGCAGGGGUAUGAUGUGCCAAAUAGCUAUCGGGUGGAAACCACUGGCUCAACAGGGGAGUGGGAGGAAGUGAGUAAUGCGAAUUAUAGCUCGGCGGUGGCGAAUGGAAUUACGACGGUUAGCUGGGAUGAGGUGAAGACGGAGGCGUUGAGGUUGGUGUUUACGCCUAAGACGGGGGAGAUGGUGCGGUUGGUGGAAUGGAAGGUGUUUGGGUAG